GCCGUUCGAGAUAGUGUCGAAGGGGAGUGAUCAUCGACGUACGGUGUGUGACCGCGUGGGUGCGUGCAUGGAAAAUAAGACGACCCCAGGAGUGGCCCGUGGUACGAAGGCGAACGAGGCGGAGCAAGGUGGCGGCUCCUCCGCUAACCGGACGAGCGGCGCGGUGUGAGAAAAAUGUCGAGCGCCGCGGACAGUCCUGAUGGGAUGGCUUUGCAGUCACACUACUCCCUUCGAUGGAACAAUCAUCAGACCCACAUACUACAGGCGUUCGAGGCGUUGCUGCACGCCGAGGUGCUCGUCGACGUGACACUGGUCUGUGCCGAGACCAGCCUCAGGGCGCACAAGGUUGUCCUUAGUGCCUGCAGUCCGUUCUUCGAAAGGAUAUUCGCGGAACACCCCUGCAAGCAUCCGGUGAUCGUGUUGAAGGACUUUCCCGGCCACGAGGUGGCAGCGCUGAUCGACUUUAUGUACCGGGGCGAGGUUCGCGUCGGUCGCGAGGAACUGCCCGGGCUGAUGAGAGCUGCGGAGAGUCUACAGGUGCGUGGAUUGGCAUCGUCGGAGCCGAGGCCUGCCUCGCCGCCGGAGACACCAACCGCUGAUCUUCUUCUGGGCGAGCCGUCGACGCCUGAGGGCGCCAGGCAAGGCACCCCCGAGGAGGACGACAACGCGUCGGAGAGCACAGCGCCGGCGUCCACGCGGGAACCAAUGGCGGCGACCACGCCGACGAUAUUUCAUCCCGCGAGAGAUCAUCGGGACAGGUUACCGCACAUGGGUCACUUGAACUUCGGAAUCCGUGAGCUACGGGAGAGCUGCGGGUCGCCGUUGUUACCCAGGCGGAAGCAAGCGCGUCCACGAAGGAGAUCGGGCGAGCUGGUGCCGCAAGAUCUCAGCAGACCUCAUCCGCCACCGAGUCUAAGUCCGCCAGUGAGCGGUUUGAACCUGACCGGUGGCCAACAACAGUCGCAGCACCAACAGCACCACCAACAGCACAACCACCACCAUCAUCAUCAUCAUCAACAACAAUCGACGAUCCCGCAGAAUCAACAGCACCAGGAGGACAUAGCGGAGAAUCUCUCGAUGAAGAGAUCCCUGUCGCCUAGCGGCACCGAACAACACCACGUGAAAGCGGAGAGCAGCGAGGCGGCAAGCAGUCCAAGGGGAUCACCAUUGACCGGCACCAGUCUGCUCCACCACGAUGGUUCCCUCCAAGACAUCCCGUCUGCGGCGGCGGCAGCAGCGGCGGCGGCGGCGGCUGCGGCGGGCCUGCCGGCGAUGUCGGCGUUGUCGUUGACGCCGCCGCACCAUCACAGCGAGUACCUGACGAGUCUGGGCCAGCUAGCGGCCCAAUGGUUGCCAAAUCAUCCGCAGAACCAACUGCCACCACCGCAUCAGGGUCAUCAUCCGCGGGAAGGUAGCAGUCCGCACGGGCCCAAUCGAACGCAUCCGUAUCAGCAGCAACAACAGCAACAACAGCAGCAACAGGAGUCACCGUUGACACCUCGACGUAGCUCGGUCGCAUCCAUGUUCCCGUUGGACGGGGUCGCGUCUCUGGGCGGUGGACUGUUCCCGCACGCCGGCGCCCUCGACAGGGGAUCCCUUUUAGCGGAUCUCCACGAUAGCUUUAAGCCGGAAACGCUGCACGGCUUGUUCGGCGCGGCGGGUCUCGGUGGUCAUCAUCCUGUGAAGAAGCCCAAGAAGCACAGGGGCGACGGCGACACGCCUCGUAGAUGGGGGGACCACGGUAGCCGGGGUCUGCCCGUCGGUAGACCGAAGGGUCAGCACAGCGCGCCCCGAGGCGGACCACCCAGGUCGUGGACGAACGCGGAACUUACCGAGGCGUUGCAGCACGUCUGGAACAAGAAGAUGACCACGUCUCAGGCGAGCCGGAUCUUCGGUAUCCCGUACAACAGCCUGCUGAUGUACGUACGGGGGAAGUACGGCAAAAGUCUGAAGCUCGAGCAGCUCAGGAGGGAUUGCACGGGCGCGACCACGGGCGAGGUAAUGAUGAACUCGUUGAACAACAACGUCAAGACCGUCCAGCCGCCCACGCAAAUGACCCAUCCGCUUGCCGGUUUGCCGCCGCAUCCGGGCGAUGACAGCGGGUUUCCACAUCAUUCGUUGCUCGGUGGUAAUCUGCCGCAGGGUUUCUUUCCCGAUUUCGCGGCCGCCGCAUUCCCCGUACCGGUCAGUAUGGUGCACUUACUACCCCCCAGCGAACAGAAGGCGUUCGAACCACCAGGGAAUCCUGGGGGCGGUGGUGGAGGAGGUGGUGGUGGCAACGGAGGUGACCUGUCCACCACGCGGAGCAGUCGGACACCGUCGCCGAUCGAUCAUCAUCAUCAUCACCAUCACCACGAGUCGUUGCAGCCGCAACCGCCGCAAUCGGCGCCCGCGCUACUUCAACAAAAUGGUUCGGAUUAGAAGAAUAUCGUUUUACUCGUGGUCAUAGGUACGCGCGUUGAUACUUAUUAAUCCUUGUUGAAGGCCCACGGACACAUCGGUGUCCGAUCACACACACACACACACACACACACACACACACACCAAUCAUCCCCACCCACUCCCACGUUUAACGAUCCCUCGACACGAGACACGUGACACACGUUCACGGCACCACGCGGUACAAAGACCACACACACACACACACACACACAGACAGACAGACACACGCGCCCGCGCGCGAUCUCACCCCAGCUCCUGCCCAUCCCCGAUAUUUUGCGCGAGAUUGUUCUCUUUUUCACAAGACUGACUAUCACCAAUUACAGCUCCCGGGGUACGUUCGACGGACGUUCCGCCCUGCUCAAAUCCACGCUUAAGCCACGCUGUCGCCACGUGUCACUUCUGUCUUUCCUUACGGUUCCUCUCGAACCUUCUUAGCUCUGUCUUUCUCCCGUCAGCAAAAAUAUUGACGUCGAUCCCCCUUUGUCCGUCGAUCGCGAAACGCCAGACUCCAGUCGAGCGUGCCGGCGAAAUUCUCUUUCCUCGCGCGCGAGAGAUCCCCGUCGCGUCUUCUUCGAGACCCCCAUCCUCGCACCACUUCGUCUUCUUGGUUAAAAUUAGUGACCUGUGUACCCGCCUCCCCUCCCGAGACAGCUCCAUGGGAAAAAGAAGAGUCAUCCACCGGUGUAUUUUCUGGUGCUUGUUCCACACUCACCCCUUUCCACACACGACCAAUCCACAAUCCUCACUGUACGUGUUAAAAGUCGACGGGAAAGCAAAAAAAAACGAUCCCGGUUCGGCUAAUAAGGACGCGACGAGGCGGUUUUCGGAGCGGAGACUUUCACCGGCGGGCGAGACCAACUCGUAUUCAUCACUAUAAAUAGUUCCUGCUACAAGAGCGAUUAUACCAAAUAGUACUGUAAAACGGCCGAGUAAAUACGGAUUGCUUGCUGUAUGGAGAAUAGCAAUACGCCCGGAGAUUGUAAUGCUCGCAACUACCGCUUCGCUUGGAAAUCGCGGAACCCGCCCGGGGGAAAGUGACGCA